AUGGAACUUAGAAGGAGGAAUACAAAGAAAUACACUUUCAAAUGUCCUGACUUAACAGAGCUGGAGAAGCUUGGUUCUAUGAUAGUUAGUCCAGAGGAUUUUAGAGCUCGGUAUGGAAGACUUAUGGGUAUCUUGAAGACCAAGGUUGAAGAUGGAGUUUUCAACACACUGGUACAGGGUUCAGAGAAGACCCCUACAUCAGCAGCUAUUGUAGAAGCACUUCACCUAGAAACGUCUGUUGUGAAGGACAACUUCACUAAAAAAGGAGGGAUUCUAGGUCUAACCUCUAGAUUCUUGUUGGAGAAAGCCUUUAUCUUUGUAGAAGCAGAUAGUAGAGAUGCCUUUGAAGCCAUUUUUUCUCUACUCAUUUAUGGAAUUGUACUCUUCCCAAACAUUGAUGACUUCGUGGAUGUUAAUGCUAUACGAAUCUUCUUAAUUGAUAACCCAGUACCCACAUUACUUGGAGAUACCUACCAUUCUAUCCAUCACAAGACUAAGAAAGGUGGUGGAACCAUUCUUUGUUGUGAACCUCUCCUAUAUAAGUGGUUUAUUUCUCACUUGCCCAGAUCUAGGCUCUUUAGGGAGAAUCCGCAGAAGCUCAGAUGGUCUCAGAGGUUCAUGUACAUUGAUCAAGGGAGUAUACAUUGGUAUGACCCCUCCUAUGAUGUUGGAGUAAUUAUUAACAGUUGUGGUGAAUUACGUAAUGUUCCUCUCCUUGGUGUACAUGGGGGAAUUAACUACAACCCUAUCCUUGCCAGACCCCAAUUAGGAUAUCCUAUGGUGGAUAAACCCGAUAACCUUCUGUUGUCAGGUUUCUUUUACCUCAAUGAAGAAGAGAGUUCCGGUCUGAAGGACAGAAUCAUACAUGCUUGGCGCAACAUUCACAGGAAAGGAAAAGACCAGUUAGGAAGAAAGAAUUAUGUUGCUUUUGAGCCAUACACCCAAUGGGUUUGUGCUAAAGCCAGUGAGUUUAAGAUGCCAUAUACUCUUGAGAAACCUUUAUUCCCUUUUGCUGUAACAUCAUCGUCCGCCAUUCCUAUUGAGAAGAGGAUAGGUUGA